GGUCGGAGGUGGAGUGGGCUUCUUUUCACUUGGGCCAAGGCAGGGCCAAGGCGAAACUCACCACCCGGCGCCCCUCAAUCCUCCUGCGAGCAAGGAUCGUGCUUGUUUGUCCCGCGCGCCCGCUGGGAUGUUCCGCCAGUGGUCGGUGCAGUCAGGACCGGCCCCCCGACGGCCUGGAUCCCUUGCGGCAGCUGAGGAGCUGUGGGAGGAAGAAGUGGAGCGGCUGUGCGCCUCCCGGGCGCCGGUACGGAUGCUGCCCUACGCCAUGGCCGACAGGCGCUUCAUCCGGGAACUGCGGGAGCCCGAGGGGGUGAAGACCUCCUGCUGGCAGCGGUGGUGUCGCAGAGGGCAGGUGGCCCGACAGCACCUCAGGGAGGCAGCGCAGAAGCUGGCUCAUGGCUUCGGGCUUUGGGAGGGAGCACUCUACGAGAUUGGGGGCCUCUUCGGGACUGGGAUCCAGUCAUACUUCACUUUCCUUCGCUUCCUGCUGCUUCUCAACCUGCUGACCCUGCUGAUGACCGCCAGUUUUGUCCUGUUGCCCCUGGUCUGGCUCCACCACCCUGAGCCAGGCCCUGCCUUGAAACUGACAGGCCUCCAGUGCUCCGGCAGCCACCCAUCCCAGAGCGGCAUUCCGAAAUUCCACAACCCACUUUGGAAUAUUUUAACUGGCAGGGUGGAGCUGGAAGAGGGCCGCCGCCUGGAGCUGGCUCAACAGCAGACCCGCACCCAGAAGGCCUGCCACCUGCUCACCUACCUGCGUACCAAUGUCCUCAUUGCACUCUUAGUAGUUGGAGCCAUCAGCGCCAUCUUCUGGGCCACCAAGUACUCACAGGACAACAAGGAGGAGUCCCUUUUCCUGGUGCUGCAGUACCUGCCCCCUGGAGUCAUUGCCCUGGUCAACUUCCUGGGUCCCCAACUGUUCACGGUCCUGAUCCAGCUGGAGAACUUCCCUCCUAGCACUGAGGUCAACCUCACCCUAAUCUGGUGCGUGGUGCUGAAGCUGGCCAGCCUGGGGAUGUUCUCCUUCUCGCUGGGUCAGACUGUGCUGUGCAUAGGCAGAAACAACACCAGCUGCGAGACCUACGGCUACAACGCCUGCGAAUACCAGUGCUGGGAGAACUCCGUGGGUGAAGAGUUAUAUAAAUUAAUCAUCUUCAACUUCCUGCUCACCGUGGCCUUCGCCUUCCUGAUCAGCCUGCCUCGGAGGCUGUUAGUGGAGCGCUUCUCAGGCUGGUUCUGGACUUGGCUGGACCGGGAGGAGUUCCUGGUGCCCAAGAAUGUGCUGGACAUCGUGGCUGCACAGACUGUCACCUGGAUGGGCCUCUUCUACUGCCCCCUGCUGCCGCUCCUCAACAGUGUCUUCCUCUUUCUCACCUUCUACAUCAAGAAGUACACCCUCCUGAGGAACUCCAGGGCGUCCCCAAGGCUGUUCCGAGCCUCCAGUUCCACCUUCUUCUUCCAACUGGUGUUGCUCCUGGGCUUGCUCUUGGCUGCGGUCCCUUUGGCCUACGUGAUCAGCAGCACCCACUCCUCCUGGGACUGUGGUCUCUUCACCAACUAUUCAGCCCCCUGGCAGGUGGUGCCAGAACUGGUGACCCUCCAGCUCCCACUUCCUGGCCAGCGUGCCCUCCGGUACCUCAGCUCCCACGCCUUCAGCUUCCCGCUCCUCAUUCUGCUCAGCCUCGUCCUGACCGUGUGCGUUUCCCAGUCCCGGGCGAACGCCAGAGCCAUCCAAGGGCUGCGGAAGCAGCUGGUGUGGCAGGUCCAGGAGAAGUGGCACCUGGUGGACGACUUGUCGCGGCUGCUGCCCGAGCUGAGCCCGGAGCCCGAGUCCCCUCGCCCUCGCUCUCGAGCUUCGCGUCCGCGGUCCUUCUGCCCCGGAUUCCCGUGCCCAGGUUCUCCCGGCCCCAGGACACCCCGGCUGGGACCCUCCACCAGACUGAGCUCCUCGAGCUCCGGAGCCCCCAGUGCCUCGGUUCCUGUCGCCAGAUUUCACUUCCCUAGCCGCACAGAGAUGUAGCGCCGAUCGCCCCACAGCCCACCCCACCCCCGGUUCUGCCUCCACUCCCAUCGGUUACCGAGGAUCCCUAGUCUCAGGAGCCACUGCCUACAGCUGGCCCCAGGCUUCAUCCUCAGGUCAGCAGGAAGAACAUGAGAAUGUCUACCUCUAUCUUAUUUUGUCUAAUCCCUUCAGAUGUUUUAUUGAGUGUUUUAUAGUGUACAUAAUGGUAUGUAUAUCAACUCAUGGAUAAA